UGAAAGCCCCGUGUCGGAUGUAAAUAGAAAUUAUGUCGGUACUCUAUCUACGACGACACUUCAUAUAUUUAGUAUAAAUCAUGAGUUUUAUUUGGGACUGGUUGUCUGGUUCUGUGUCAAAGGUUCUGAGUUAUCUCGGCUUAUGGCAAAAAAACGGAAAGCUGGUAUUUUUAGGGCUAGAUAAUGCUGGGAAGACAACAUUACUGCAUCGUCUGAAAGAUGAUCGCAUGGCUCAACAUGUUCCAACACUUCAUCCAACUUCUGAAGAAUUGUCGAUCGGUGGGAUGAGAUUUACGACAUUUGAUCUUGGUGGGCAUGAACAAGCAAGGCGCGUUUGGAAAAAUUACAUCCCAGCUGUUGAUGGCCUUGUCUUUAUGGUAGAUGCAUACGAUCGUAACAGAUUCUUGGAGUCGAAGAAGGAGUUGGACAAUCUCCUGCAGGAUGAGCAGAUAGCUCACGCUCCUAUUUUAAUACUCGGAAACAAAAUAGAUAAACCCGGUGCAGCUAGUGAAGAAGAAUUGCGGUAUUUCUUGGGGUUACAGGGAAUCACAACAGGAAAGGGUACCAUUAACAAAAGUCAAAUACCUACUGGGAGACCUAUUGAACUGUUCAUGUGCAGUAUAUUAAAACGGCAAGGGUAUGGUGAAGCGUUUAAUUGGCUUGCUCAAUAUCUUGAUUAAAUACUUAUUAUUCAUACUGUAGAUAAACUGAGAUUACAGAUUGGUGAUAUGUACUUUUGUCAACCGAGAAUAUGCUGUUUCAGCAUCCACUUAAUCCAUUUUUCGAAUAGUGUGAUGAAUAUCAUCACAGUGAUGUGCUGUCGCUAGUUAGUGAUACCUGUACCAUUGAAGUGUCUUCAAUCAUUUAAUAUUAGUCACCUCCAAUAGGAGAUAGUUUUUUUUGCAUAACUAAAGUUGGCACCUGCUAGCUGCAGCUAAAUACCAAUUAAUUGGGAAUGGGCAAUUACUAUUGUUUGUUUUUAUGAUUAUUAAGAUUAUAAACUACUUUCUUGUUUAUCUUCCUUAUGUGAAAUCUUCCAAUGUAAGUGUACUCUAUUACAUGGCUGUUUAGUUUACCUUUAAUUUUUAAACGAAAUCCAGGUUAUGGGUGAGUAGGGAGCGACGGGUUGUACAGCGUUUCUUAUACCUUCUAAGUGAGUCCUUCAGAACAGUACGUUAAGUCAAAUGAAGUAGGAUUUAGAAAUAUGGUCUAUUUUGUUUAAAUUUGCGUAACAUGUGACUUAGGAACAUAACUGCUAAAAUUUUUGUCACUAUAAAUACAUUGACCAAAAAUUAUGGCGUUUGACACUGAGCUCAAAUGUACUGUUCAAGCGUUACUUGGAGAACCAAAGAGUUAAUUGUAAAAUUAAACCUUUGUAGUAGUUGCAGAGACAACAGCUGUAAAUUGUCUAAUAACAGUAUUAAUAGCAAAAUAGACGACUCAAUUUCUGUUCAGUGGUUAGUAAUUCUUUCCUUGGUUACCGCUGGAUUCUUUCUCUAAUAAUAAAACGUUUCGAGUUUACUAAUUAACAGUCUCAUAUUUAAAUAAUUUGUCAAGUUACUCUACUGACUGUUCUGUUGUCGAAAACGCAGAUUUUUGUAUCCUGAGGUACUUAACCAUUUUAUUUGUAAAGUCCGGAUUUAUUUUAAUGUUCACCGUUAGUGGCCCAAAUUACGAACAACUUCCUGUCAAUUUUGUACUUCUUUGGCAGGGUAAUCCUACAGAAGUAGUUGUGCUUUAUUCCUGCCUUUUUUGUUCUCCCGGGUUCUAUGUAUUUACACAACGCCUUGUUAUAGUCUGCAUAAUAUUCUGUAAUUUCCGUAAAAUUAGUAUCGUGAAUAUAGGGAAUGACGUUUUUCAAAUAAGUACGACGAAUUCCACUCUCCCUCUCAAAAUGACCUCAUGACCACGCGUAUAUAGUUACUGUCAGCAAAUUCCUCACUGCCUUCUUGCGGUUGGGUUGUUGUUUACAAAAUUGGGCAGACGAAAAGCGAAAGUCGCACUUGAGCCGGGCUGGUGGGUACAGAGGAUUCACCUGGGAAACCGUGAUUCCUAAUUAGCAUUGCAUAUGGACUCCGGGACAAUUUUAAAUUGAUCAGUAUUAGACAAUAAGUAUUGGAGAGGGUGUAAAGAACUUAUUGCAUUGGUGUUACAGAGUAAUGUUUUGUUUGUUUACGACUCAAAGCAAAGGUUAGAUUCAUUAUACACUAACUUGUCUUUAGUUUGCAAACAAACAGAAACAUUAUCCAUGUGAUAUUACUGGGUUGACUGAAUGUUUUUAGCCCUGGAAAUAAUACAUACUCCAUGAAAAAGGGUUCUUUGAAAUAUCUGUUUCUGUUGCACCGAUUGAGUCAAUUUUUUGUUCAAGAGGUUUUAAGUGGUGAGGUAAACUAUUUCUAGACUAAUUUAGGUACAGCAGUUGAGCCAUAAGAUAUUUUGGGCGUAAUCCACACAAAAAUUCCCAGUACUAUGGACUAAAGAUUGUGUUGUUUCUUGUAUCAGACGCAGAGUAUUAAGGAAUUAUGGUAAACCAGUUGAUGCGGUUGUGAAUUUUCAUCGAUUGAGAUGGUCGAUCCACGUAUUACGCAUGCCGAACUACCACGAUGCGCAAUGCUGGCUGAUGUUUUAGACGGUUGGAAGUUGGGGGCGGCCAAACCAAAAUGUGGCAUCAGUCCAUGAAGUCACCAACUUCUGGUCUGAGCCAUGUUGGUAGAUGCAGACUACUUGGUUGAGGUCCGCACGACUGUCGUAGCCAGUGAUUGGAGACUGGAGAGUAAUCUCUCACACUCAAAAUUUUGUUUAUUUAAACACAUAAACAUUAGUACAAGAAGGCACCAAAUAAAUAUGCUCUACAUAAAUCAUUCGAAUCGUGUAAAGGCUGGAAUACUGCCCGGGUAUCCAAACCGAAGCAGGCGGUUUUCUUAGAGAGCCACACCCGGAGCCGUCGACCUAAAGGUCUGAUUCACAAGGAAGUGGGGCAACCUAGCGAGAUGCAGUCCCAUGGUAGCCGGAAACCAACGAUAGGUUCAUACGACAUUUAUUUUCUGGAGCUCAUGUGCACCAUUGGCUUGUAAUCAUG